CUAGUGGCAGUGAGAAUUGGAGCUGUUGUUUAUUUGUUGAGCUGCUUUUCCUAUUGCGAAAUAUUAAUUAGCAAUCAUCGGCCAUGACACAGGUGUUUAUCAAUGGUGCAAGAGACGAGCCCAAUGUGCGGGAGUUCGAGAGCAUGGAUCCUUCGAUCCAAGAGCUCAUCCUGGCAGCCACCGAGGCCAGAAAGCAGGCCUACUGUCCCUACAGUAACUUCGCCGUGGGAGCUGCUCUGAGGACCAGCGAUGGCACAAUAUACUCCGGUUGCAACAUCGAAAACGGGGCGUAUGCCACCUGCAUUUGUGCGGAACGCACUGCAGCCGUCAAGGCCAUCAGUGAAGGCAAACGCGACUUUGUGGCCUGUGCGGUGGUGGCCCAGCAGGACAACGGCUUCACCACGCCCUGCGGCGUCUGCCGGCAGUUCCUCUCGGAGUUCGUCAACGGCAAGGACAUCCCCCUUUAUGCCGCCAAACCGACCAAUCUUCCGUUGAGGGUGCUCUGCACCAGCGUCCUGCAACUGCUGCCCAACGGCUUCAGCUUCUCGAACGGGAAAUAGGAAGAGACAAGCCCAACCGCCCGCUGCAAUCCAUGUGCAAUAGUUUAUGUGAUUCCCAGUCUGUUAUAUUCUGUAAACCCACCCCUCGUUGUUUGUUGAUUGAAUAGCUUAUACAAGGCACAACGCA